CAGUAGGUUGGGUUAAUCGCCCACAAUGGUUCACCAAGUUGUAAUAUGGCCGUAAUCGGCGUAUCGAAAUUCAACUCGGUCAAUGAUAACCAAAUAUCGUCGAGAUCGAACGGUCCGUGGUGUGUCGUCGUCACAGACGAUAUUACGUUCAACCGUCGACAAGUUAUCAACAAUUGCGACAUUAAAAAGUCGCAAUACAAUAAAGUUGUUGGAUGCGUUAUGUCUUCACCGUCACAUCGCGGCAACAACCAACAUUAUGAGGGAGAUAUCAGUGAUCCCGAUGAUGCUUAUAUUGAUACUGAUCCAGUCAGGUAUGAAUUACGAAAUAUUCAAAAUGUCAUACACGUGACAAGACAGAAUAUUGAUGCGUUGAACAGCCGUUUCGCUGCAUUCCAGCAUCCACCCUCGAUAUACCUGACUGAGUAUCAAGAAUUAACAAGUAAACUUCAUGAAUUGGAAUCUAAAGAGCACAAGCUCAAUGAACUACUCAAUUCGGCAAGUAGUGGUACAUCCGGUUGUGAUGAUUUGCAAUUAUCGGAGCGGUACAAGUGCCCGAGAACACCUCUCAAAUCGUUACUCAGGGCACACUUGCCCAAUCAACAGAGAACAAGUGUACAGGUGCGAGAGGGAAUGGCGCUCCGUGACGCCCUAGCAAAAGCAAUGAAGCUCCGCAACUUAACAACGGAGAUGUGUAUCGUGUACAUACUGGACCCAGACGGUUCAAAGCACCCAAUCCCCUGGGACACAGACAUAUCGUCCCUGGAGUGUGACGAAAUAUCCGUCGAGAUAUCUGACAAAUUUCCCAUAGCCACCUCAAUGUCCCACAAUUUCGUGCGCAAGACCUGGUUCUCCCUGGCCUUCUGCGAGUGCUGUAGAAAAUUGUUAUUCCAAGGUUUCUACUGUCGUACCUGUAACUACAAAUUCCACCAGAGAUGCACUGGUGGUGUUCCACCCCUGUGCACCCAAGUGCGAAUGUUGGACGAUUAUUUUCGUGCAUUACUGGCGCACAAUCCGGAGGCAACAACUGGAAUUCUCCCCUCGGGCUACACCUUCAACCGAAGUAUGUCGCCAUCACUGGGUCCCUCGCGUCAGAAGCACCCCAGAACCCUGGCCCAGCAGGACAGAUCGAGUUCAGCGCCAAACGUCUGCUUCAACAUGGUUAAACCAGGGGGUGAGCCCAUAAUGGUGGACGACUACUCGAGAUCUCAGAGUUUAAAUCGCCCAGUGGAGGCAGGCCAGUCGCCAGUGUCACCAAGCUGCAGUCCAACGAAGCACAGCCAGUCGACCCAAGCAAGUCCCACCAGCACACUGCGACCAAAACGACCGAGAGCCAAGUCAGCUGACGAGUCAUCGAAGAAUCUCCUGGCUCCAAGGGAGUCCAUCGAGGACUGGGAAAUCCCAGCUGACGAGAUCCUAGUGGGUCCCAGGAUUGGCUCUGGCUCCUUUGGGACUGUCUACAAGGCCCACUGGCAUGGCCCUGUCACUGUCAAGACCCUCAACGUCAAGAUACCCACCACCUCGCAGCUGCAAGCCUUCAAGAACGAAGUCGCCGUUCUGAGGAAGACUCGUCACGUCAACAUUCUGCUGUUCAUGGGCUGCGUCAGCAAGCCACAGCUGGCCAUUGUCACCCAGUGGUGCGAGGGCUCCUCUCUUUACAAGCAUCUCCACGUGUUCGAGUCCAAGUUCGAGCUGCUGACCCUCAUCGAGAUUGGGAGGCAGACCGCCCAGGGGAUGGAUUACCUUCACGCCAAGAACAUCAUUCACAGGGACUUGAAGAGCAACAACAUCUUUCUUCAUGACGAUCUCACUGUGAAGAUUGGGGACUUUGGACUGGCCACUGCCAAGACCAGGUGGUCUGGGACUCAACAGUCCAAUCAGCCCACUGGCUCCAUCCUCUGGAUGGCACCCGAGGUCAUCAGAAUGGACGAGAAAAAUCCCUACAGCUUUCAGUCCGAUGUCUACGCCUUCGGGGUCGUUCUCUUCGAACUUCUCGCUGGACAAUUGCCCUAUUCAAAUAUUAACAAUAAGGACCAAAUACUGUAUAAGGUGGGGAGGGGCUACUUAAAACCUGAUUUGAAUAAACUCAGGUCCGACACACCCAAGGUACUCAAACGUCUCACCGAGGAGUGCAUCAAAUUCUCCAGGGAUGAGAGACCCAUAUUCAGGCAAAUUCAUGGCAAUCUUGAGGGACUCAUCAGGGGUUUACCGAAAAUUACUAGGUCCACGUCGGAGCCCAAUCUUAAUAGGACUCAAUUGCAGUCUGAUGAUUUUCUUUAUGCUUGUGCGUCACCCAAGACACCUGUUAAUUUUCAGUUUGGCGCAUUUCCGUUUUGUCCCAUUGGGGGGAAUAUUUAAGGGGUGGAGACUAUUCUACAUCACGAAAGACUAUUUUAAUGGUAUUAUGGGGGGAGAAUUUAGGGGGAAACCUGGGGAAUUUGUUGGAAAAUUCUGUUUUUUUUGAGGAUUUUAGUGAAAAAUAAUUUUUCUGAU